AUGUCGCUGUGGAAGAAAACCGUCUACAAGAGUGUGUGCCUGUCGUUGGCCCUGCUUGUGGCCGUCACAGUGUUCCAGCGCAGUCUCACUCCCAGUCAGUUUCUGCAGGAGCCCCUGCCACCCACCCUGGGGGCACAGAAGGCCCAGAAACCAAACGGACACCUGGUGAACCCCAACAGCUUCUGGAAGAACCCAAAGGAUGUGGUUAUCCCCAGCCCUGUGGCCUGUCAGGGGCCCCAGUCCUGGGAUGUGACCACCACUAACUGCUCAGCCAAUACCAACGUGACCCACCAGUCCUGGUUCCGGGGUCUGGAGCCGCACUUCCAGCAGUUUCUGACCUAUAGACACUGCCGAUACUUCCCCAUACUGCUGAACCACCCAGAGAAGUGCAGGGGCGAUGUCUACCUGCUGGUGGUCAUCAAGUCAGUCAUCACGCAGCAUGACCGCCGCGAGGCCAUCCGCCAGACCUGGGGCCACCAGCAGGAGUCUGUGGGCAGGGGCCGAGGCGCUGUACGUACUCUCUUCCUGUUGGGCACGGCCUCCAAGCAGGAGGAGCGUACCCACUACCAGCAGCUGCUGGCCUAUGAGGACCGCCUCUAUGGCGACAUCCUGCAGUGGGACUUUCUUGACACCUUCUUCAACCUGACCCUCAAGGAAAUCCACUUCCUCAAGUGGUUUGACAUCUACUGCCCCAACAUCCCCUUCAUCUUCAAAGGUGACGAUGACGUCUUUGUCAACCCAACCAACAUGCUCGAAUUUCUGGCUGACCGGCAGCCACAGGAAUACCUGUUCGUGGGUGACGUCCUGCAGAGCGCUCGGCCCAUCCGCAAGAGGGAGAACAAGUACUACAUCCCCGGGGUCCUGUACAGCAAGGCCAGCUACCCGCCCUACGCAGGCGGGGGUGGCUUCCUCAUGACCGGCAGCCUGGCCCGGCGCCUACACCAUGCCUGUGACACCGUGGAGCUCUUCCCCAUCGACGAUGUGUUCCUGGGCAUGUGCCUGGAGGUGCUGGGUGUGCAGCCCAUGGGCCACGAGGGCUUCAAGACUUUUGGCAUCUCUCGGAACCACAACAGCCGCCUGAAUAAGGAGCCCUGCUUCUUCCGCUCCGUGAUCGUCGUGCACAAGUUCAUGCCCGCGGAGCUGCUGGCCAUGUGGGGGCUGGUGCACAGCAACCUCACCUGCUCCCUCAAGCUCCAGGUGCUCUGA